AUGGAUGUAUUGUUGGACAAGCUAACUAGUUUUGAGUUGCUGGAUUUGCUGCAAAAAGCAGCUGUUAGAGUUGGAUCUUCCAUUUCUUCAUCGACUGCAGAUGUCAAGAUGGCUUCAACUCCGGAUGUCGUUUCUGAUUUAAAACCCAUUUUGUUGGGGAAAGACAGUGACCAUUCGGGUCAGUACCAACAGUCAGUCAGUCCAACAUGGUGGUCAUCCAAUACUGUCACUUUUAACAAUGCGAUGGUCCGUCUGUUUCAGCUCAAGGAUUUGCAUACACAGGUUGAGCAGAAUGUUCAUAGCUUCAACCAGGCCUCUGCAGCUGCUCUAGAGCGGCAGUUGGCAAUUGGAAGUCUUGUUGAUCAAGGACACUUGAAAGUCGAACGUCUAGCCAGUGAGCUACGAGAUGCAGAGUUUGCAUUGCAAGAGCAUCGAUAUGCCUAUGCUCAGGCACUGUCUGAAGCCCAAGUGUAUCUAAAGGUUAAAAAUACAACACUGGAUCUCCAGCUUAGUCUUCAAAAGGAUAUGGACGCAAUUCGCAAUGCAUUAUCGUCUGUUUCUGCAUCCCUGAGUAGUGAUGAGCGUCAGUCUGUUGCUGCCAACAUAAAAGCUGCAUCUGAAUAUAUUUCGGGAAUAAACACCGAUCGUGAUAUGGAUGUAGCUUUGCAUUCCACCAAUGCAGCGCAAGUUAAAGGUGUUUCUAGUCCUUCAAUCGGUGAACCAUUUUCUUCGAGAGAAGUCUCGAUGCCAUUAAACGAUUCUCAUCAUUCUGCACAUCAUGUUCAAGUUAAAAGUUCUAGCACAACCGACAGCCGUCAACCAGGAUUGAUUCAGAACGAUCGUGCCUCGGAGCUUCAAUGCAAUGCCAAUAGUACUGAUCAUUCCCAUUCAAAGACGUGUACGAGUGAGCGUAUAGAGGAUGUUGUAGAUUAUGGCUGCGACACGGACGAUGAUUUGAGUGUCAAUGGAAUUCAUAAUGGCACCUCUCUAGUAGAAACUGCUCCUGUAUCUCAACAAGACUCCACGGAAAACGAGAUUCCUUGUAAUGCCAACUCGGUGUCUAAACGAAUAUUCCCAGUUGAAAUUAGCAACACAAGAAAUAUUCACGAAUCUCGAAAAAACAACUUUAAACAAUCAGAAAAACCUAUGGACACUUUGCGAUCUAGACGAAGUAUGGUAGGCACUAGUAGCUACAACAGUACUUCUGGUAAUCGAGAUCGAUCAUCUUACAAUGGAGAAGGUGAUUACCGUUCUUUGAAGUCGGGUAUAGUUUUGGAUACAUCGAUGCCGUUACGCAAGCGACAAAGAUCUAUGGAUGACAAACCUGGUGUUCCUGUAAUGGAAAUGCAUUCAUCCUCUACUCAUUAUCGUAAACGCUCUCCAGAUUUGGAAGUGCCUAAUAGACAUCAGAUAUCGUCUCAUGGACGCGGACCUGAGAAUUGUUUGCAAUGGAAUAUUUCCCAGUGUGGCAGUAACUGUCGACGACUACACCGCUGUCUUCGCUGUUUUAGUUCUGAUCACACACUCAAGAAUUGUCCACUUCAAACAAAAGAACACAGUAAAACCUCGGUUUGCUUGAGCUGGAAUUGCGGACCAUAUAAAACCUGUCGACAUUCAAAAUGUGAUAAAAGCCAUGUUUGUUUAAAUUGCCAUUCUGUGCAGCACAAUGCAUUUGGAUGUCAUCGUAUUGGUGAUGAUGAAGGACGGAUGUAG